AUGUCUAGUACGGUACCGACGAGUUCUGCAUUGAGGGCUUUGGCCUUAGAAUACAAGAGCCUACAAGAAGAACCCGUGGAAGGGUUCAGAGUGAAAUUAUUGGGUGAGGACAAUUUAUUUGAAUGGGAGGUUGCAAUUUUCGGGCCACCAGACACGCUAUACCAAGGAGGAUAUUUCAAGGCUCAUAUGAAGUUUCCACCGGACUAUCCAUAUUCUCCGCCAUCUAUAAAGUUCCUGACUAAAGUGUGGCAUCCGAAUGUUUAUGAGAACGGCGAUCUCUGCAUAUCAAUUCUCCAUCCUCCCGUGGACGACCCACAGUCUGGCGAGCUUCCCUGUGAGCGUUGGAACCCGACCCAGUCUGUCCGCACGGUGCUGUUGUCCGUGAUCUCGUUAUUGAACGAGCCGAACACCUUCAGCCCGGCGAACGUGGACGCCAGCGUCAUGUACCGCCGCUGGCGCGAGUCCAAGGGCAAGGAUAAGGAGUACGAGAAUAUUAUCAGGAAACAGGCGCAAGUGGCUCGUAUGGAGGCUGAGAAGGAAGGCAUAGUGGUGCCGCUCACCUUAGAAGAUUAUUGUAUUAAGACACAGGUCAAGUCCUCGACACAGGAACCGCAGCUCGAUAUGACUGAUUUCUAUGACGAUGAUUACGACGACCUGGACACGGAUUCCGAAGGCGAGCUUGGAGGUGAAGACGGAGACGACAGCGGCAACGGGGAGUCGUGA